CCAUUUUCUCCUCCACAAUUCCUCUCCAUUAAUCUCCAUUUUCUCCUCCACAAUUCCUUUUCUCCUCAAAUUUCGCUUCAAUGUUGCUGUCCAGAUAAUACAAAUUAGAGGUUUUAUCGCAUAGUGGUCGGAAAUUAGAGAGAAGAAGAGGUGUAGAGUACAACUCAGAUAUGCACAGAUGUCACCAGAGAGAAAGCAAUUAUUUUUAUCCGAGCUAAGAGAAAAAAGGGCUGAGUCAAAAAGACAAAAACACCUUCAUCAAUCAAAUACUACUGCCGCUCUUACAAUCAGUAGUUCUUCAUUAUCGCCUCAGGAAGCUAUUUUCCUCAUUUUGUAGUUGAAGCUUCUGAAGCCACAAACCUACCAGUUACUUUAACUACAGGACAUCAUCAAUCAAAUAGUACUGGCGCCCUUACAAUCAACACUUCUUCGUUAUCUCCUCAACAAGAGGACAAUUCAUGUUGUAUGCGCCAAGAUUCAACUAUGGAGACAAGCAAUCAUUUAUUUGUUGAAUGUGAAUAUGCUACAAAAGUAAGAGAUACAACAACUGAAUGGAUAAAAGUCAGUCUACCUACAAGAGGUUUCAAGGAAACAGUAGAAAUGAUCAAGAUAAAACAUUGGAAGACUUUCAAAAAGCAAGUGAUAGCAGCUAUGUGGGGAGGAAAGCAAGGAAUUGGAAACACUUCAAAGGAGUGCGUAUGCAGUAUACAGAGAUAGUGAACACAAUGAAUAGAGAAAUGGGUGAAACAAUAUUAAUGUUCAAAAAUACAAAAAAGCCAAUUGAAGCUUUCGAAGUUACAAAUAUACCAGUUAAUUUAGCUACAGCAGAACAUCAAUUAAAUAGUACUGGCGCCCUUACAAUCGGCACUUCUUUCUUAUUUCCUCAAGAAGUUGAAGCUUCUGAAGCUAUAAACCUACCAGUUACUUCAACUAGAGGAGAAAGUAUAGUUAAUUGCUUAUCUACCUUUGAAGUAGGAUCAACGUCGAGUGCAUCUUAUGCUGCAAACAGAUCAAGUUCAAGACGUACUUCAAAUAGAGGUAUGCUUCUUUCUACCAUAGUAAAAAAAAAACACUAUAUGCCUUUAUGUAACAAAUAAUUGCUUUUUACAAUGCACAGGUAGAAAUAAGUUAGAAGUAAAUCUACAAAAUGAUAAUUUAUUGCUAAAAGAUUACUUACUUUUAAAGAAAAUUCCAAAUUGCAAAUUUUGUGCAGCAAAAAGAUUUCAAUAUGAAUCACCAGGUUUUUGUUGUAAUAAUGGAUCAAUUAGGCUAACUUCUCAUAACAUGCCUAUUGAGU